AUGGCCUCUUUUUACAACAGCAUUAUAGCAUUAUUUAUUACAGAGUCCCCAGGCAAGUCUGAGGCCAAGUUGUGCGAGGCACAGUAUGUGCCCCUGGGGGAAAGCAGUGGCUGCUCCCAGGAGCUUCCAGGCCCCAAGGCCAAGAGAGUAGAAAUUGCAGUGGGCAAGCUAUCUAGGUUUGCUGUGAAGCAGAUUAUGGAGGAAGCUGUGACGAGGAAGUUUGUGCACGAGGACAGCAGCCACAUCAUAUCGUUCUGCGCGGCUGUGGAAGCCUCCGUCCUGCAUGGCCUGAAGCGGAGAGCAGCAGGGUUCUUGCGCAGUAACAAGAUAGCAGCCCUGUUCAUGAAGGUGGGCAGGAGCUUCCCUCCCGCAGAAGAGCUUUCUAGAAAGGUCCAAGAUCUGGAACAGCUCAUCGAGAACACCCGAAACCAGGUACCAGGCCUUCAGGAGAACGUACGCAAAGUGCAGAAGCUGCCGAACCUGUCUCCCCAAGCCAUCAAGCAUCUCUGGAUCCGCACAGCCCUCUUUGAAAAGGUCCUGGACAAAAUCGUGCAUUACCUGGUAGAAAACAGCAGUAAAUACUAUGAGAAAGAAGCUCUCCUGAUGGAUCCUGUAGAUGGGCCAAUUCUUGCUUCCUUGCUGGUGGGACCUUGUGCACUGGAGUAUACAAAGAUGAAGACGGCGGAUCAUUUCUGGACAGACCCUUCUGCUGACGAACUCGUUCAGAGGCAUCGCAUUCACAGCUCGCACUGUCGCCAGGACUCUCCUACCAAGCGCCCUGCCCUCUGCAUUCAGAAAAGGCAUUCGAGUGGCAGCAUGGAUGACCGGCCGUCACUGUCUGCCAGAGACUACGUGGAGUCUUUGCAUCAGAAUUCCAGAGCCACACUACUGUAUGGCAAAAACAAUGUCCUGGUGCAGCAGAGAGACGACAUGGAGGCGAUACCGGGUUAUUUGUCCCUUCACCAGACUGCCGACAUCAUGACUUUGAAAUGGACCCCCAACCAACUGAUGAACGGUUCUGUGGGAGAUCUGGACUAUGAGAAAAGUGUGUACUGGGACUAUGCCAUGACCAUCCAUCUUGAGGAGAUCGUCUACCUGCACUGCCACCAGCAGGACAGCGGGGGGACAGUUGUUUUGGUGAGCCAAGAUGGAAUUCAGAGGCCUCCGCUCAGGUUCCCCAAAGGAGGACACCUGCUACAGUUUCUCUCCUGCCUAGAAAAUGGCCUCCUUCCUCAUGGACAGCUGGACCCUCCUCUCUGGUCUCAGAGGGGGAAGGGGAAGGUGUUUCCAAAGCUGAGAAAACGAAGUCCUCAGGGCUCCUCCGAGUCGGCGUCUGAUAAGGAGGACGAUGAGGCUACCGACUACGUCUUCAGGAUCAUAUACCCUGGCAUGCAGUCGGAGUUUGCUCCCCAGGACCUGAUAGAGACACCAGUCAGUGGCCUGCCGUCCAUGUGGCAGCCCAGCACCCGCAAGUCCUCCUGCUCCUCCUGCUCUCACCGCCGCAGCCACGAAAGAACCCCACUAAAGCUCCUGUGUGACAACAUGAAAUACCAGAUCCUCUCCCGGGCGUUCUACGGCUGGCUGGCAUACUGCCGUCAUCUCUCCACUGUGCGAACUCACCUCUCGGCGUUGGUUAACCACAGCAUUGUGUCUCCCAACCUGCCAGGGAAUGCCAGCUCUGGCCUGACUGCAGAGACGUGGCAAAAAUACCUGCAGGACAGCACGAGUUACGAGGAGCAGGAGUUGCUACGGCUUAUCUACUUUGGUGGGAUCCAGCAUGAGAUCAGGAAAGCUGUCUGGCCGUUCCUCCUGGGCCACUACCACUUUGGGAUGACGACAGUGGAGAGGCGAGAGGUCGAUGACCAGAUCCGGGCCUGCUACGAACAAAUCGUGGCGGAGUGGCUGGGCUGUGAGGCCAUUGUUCGGCAAAGGGAGAAGGAAUCCCACGCUGCAGCUCUGGCCAAGUGCUCUUCUGGGGUGAGCCUAGACUCCCACAUUCAGCGGAUGAUGCACCGAGAUUCGACAGUCAGCAAUGAGUCUUCCCAAAGCUGCAGCUCUGGCCAACAAGGCCAUACUCGGCUGCAGAGUGACUCCAGCUCCAGCACACAGGUGUUUGAAUCGGUUGAUGAGGUGGAGCAGACCGAGGUGGAUGCCCAACUUGAAAACGGCAAACAACACAAAAUCCUGAAUGGGGCUGCUGCCAAUGGCACAUGUUCCCCUGACUCGGGCCAUCCCUCCUCCCAGUAUUUCUCCAGCACGUCAGGCUAUUCAGAGCACAGCUUCAGCACUGAAGAUAAUGCAGCUGAAUGCAGCAAAAUGGUGGCCGGCCACCAAGAAAGAGCCAGUGGGGCAGAGACCCAGAAACCACCAAGCUCAGCCAACACAGUGUCAGAGGGUGGGCUGACAGAAGAGGAGCUGCAGGGUCAGGACACCCUAGAAAGUGAAUGUCCCAUCAAUGGAAGCUUAGAAGUCUUUAUUCCAGUUGGCGAGAGCACGGCGGGGAUUGCAGCAGACAAUGAAGUGGGGAGCUGUUCUCUGGUGGAUGGGAGCUGGGCUGGCGGUGAAGCUGAAAAGCGCAGCUUGGUGGGGAGUGAAGACAAUCUGUCGGAGGAACCAGAGAUGGAGAGCUUGUACCCACAGCUGGAUUCCCUGGUUGUGGCUGACUUGGCUAACAAUCAAGUCUCUCCUGUCUCCUCAACGGGGGUCACCUACUCUCCAGAGCUCCUAGACAUGUACACCGUGAACCUGCAUCGCAUUGAGAAGGACGUGCAGCGGUGUGACCGGAAUUACUGGUACUUCACACCUGCCAACCUGGAGAAGCUCCGCAACGUCAUGUGCAGCUACAUCUGGCAGCACAUUGAGAUUGGCUACGUGCAGGGAAUGUGCGACCUGCUGGCACCUCUCCUGGUCAUCCUGGACGAUGAGGCGCUCGCUUUCAGCUGCUUCACUGAGCUCAUGAAAAGGAUGAACCAGAAUUUCCCACAUGGGGGGGCCAUGGACACCCACUUCGCUAACAUGCGAUCACUGAUCCAGAUCUUAGACUCUGAACUCUUUGAGCUGAUGCACCAGAAUGGGGACUACACCCAUUUCUACUUCUGUUAUCGAUGGUUUCUCCUGGACUUCAAGCGAGAAUUGGUAUAUGAUGAUGUUUUCUCUGUCUGGGAGACUAUCUGGGCAGCUGCACGCGUUUCCUCUUCACACUAUGUCCUCUUCAUAGCCCUGGCCUUGGUGGAAAUGUACCGGGACAUCAUUUUGGAAAAUAACAUGGAUUUUACAGAUAUCAUCAAGUUCUUCAAUGAAAUGGCUGAGCGGCACAACACUAAACAGCUCCUGAAGCUGGCCCGGGACCUGGUGUACAAAGUGCAGACGCUGAUUGAGAAUAAAUGAAAGGCCUGGGAAGGGAGAAGUGUUCGGCGAGACGUCAUGAACUCCCGUCCAAUACUUCCUGCCCCAUCUCCUUAAAGUGCCAUAACUGUGACAAAAAAUCUUGGUAGUUCGACACAUGCUGCUCCCUAAGGUGAAAGUACCCUCAUAUCUGCUCUUACGCUGUUGGGCUUGGGCAUUAGGGGAAGGAUCCCCUGGUUUAGUUCUCCACUCAGCAUUCGUUUUCAGUGAUUGACCAAAGAUCCGUAAACCUUCAUUUUAUUUCUUUUUUCAAACCUUUUGACUUUGGAAGCCAGCCCUGAGCAGAUGUUUCCCUGCCUUGCUUUGCUUUGAGGGUAGUCCUGCUGCUAUGGUUUCCAUCUUGAGCAAGAGCACUUUCCAGACAAAGCUUUCUCAAGGCUGCUGGGCUACAGGCUGGCUGCACUUCUGCUGGCCCUGGGGUCUGCAUCUCCCAGGAAGCAGCUUCCCCUGCGACAGGAAAGCCAGGCUGCACCCCUCUCAAGCUAGUAAGAACCAGAUGGGUCUCAGUAUUCUGCUGUGUGGGAGAAGAGUGCGGCUGUGCCUUCAGAGGAGAUACUCUGAUCUGACAGACCCUCUUCCUACUCUGGGUUUUUGUUUUCCUUCCCUUCCCCAGGCUUUACUACAGUUUGCUCCUCAGCCUGUGGCCAGAGCAUGUGGAGCUACAACCAGCGGAUGCCAUGUAGUUAGGUGCCAAAAUCAGAGCUGAGCUGUACUGACAAGUCUGGUUCCAGUUGUGGGUCCUGAGCACUUGGAAAAUCCGGCCUUGAGCUGUUUUGCAAAUUCAGGGUUUUGUCCCCAGCGGGGUCUCUUGUGCUUGUGGGGCCCAAUCCUCAGCCCAUUGGCGUCAAUGGAAAGGCUCCAAGUGGUCAUCAGUGGGCUUGGAUCCGGCCCAUGUGGAGAACACACCAAGCUUAGUGUCCUCUGCUCUGGGCAAUUCCAGGGCAGCUCCCCUGCAGUGGGAUGGUCUUUUGGACCACUAGACCUGUGGCCUGUAGCCCCUUGGCCUGCCCAUGUGCAGCGGGAGAGCUGAGCUGCUGUGUAAUUGGUGAGUUUAGUGCGGCCAAGAGUUUGGGAUUAUUUUUCAACUCAGGUAAAAAAAAAGUCAAAGAGAGAAAAGGUGGGUGUUAGUGGCUUAGUUCCUACAUGCCCAGGAAGGUCAUUACCCUGGAUAAGCCAGUACAGGAUUGCUUCUAGCAGCUGGGAAAAUGCUUUGCUGUAGCUCUUUCAAGGGGACUUUCUCUCAUUGUACUGCAAAAAUCUGUUUGCCAGCCAUACAAUGUGUGAUCAAUGUGUUCUCUCUUCCUUCGCUCAGCUCCCUGAGCAGGGCCAGGCCAGAGCCCCCUGCACUGAGGGAGUGGUGUUCACCAGCUGGGGAAAGGGACCCCGCUGUCCCUCCUCCUGCAGAAGCCUCCUUUGUACUGAUGGUGUUUGUGUUUAUGUGUGGUGUGUCUCAGAUGUUGCUUGCAGAAGAAGUCCAGAAGAAAACAGUGCGUGCUCCAGAAUCCACUUGCACAAUACAGUGAGUCAGGGUGCAGCCAUGUGCACAAAGCAGUUCAUCUUUCAGAACUAUGGGGAUGCAGAGUAUGUAAUUACAAACCAGGGAAAGGCAGUGCCUGCUGACCUCUUUGGCUGGAGAAGAAUACAGGGCCAGGGGAAAGCAGAGGAAAUCUGUCUUCUCUAAUUAUUCAUUUUGCAGGCUAUUUGUGCUUCACCCAUAUGAGGUAGGAAAUCCUUUGAAGCAAUUUCCUGCCCAGGGUAGAGCCAAUCUGCCAUAUUUCACUACAAAAAGAGCUUCAUUUACUGGAGAAAACAGUUUGCACUAGCAUCUGAAACCGAAGAAGCUGGGCUUUUAACCUUCAGAUUCAAAUAUGAAUCUCUCCUCUUGUCCUCAAGCAGAGUGCAAACCUCACGCCUGCUCUGGCGACCUGUUCCUGAUUCUAGACCAUGUCGCUUUUCAGAUGUUAGAAUGGAUAAAUAAUCUGAGUAACCUUGUUCUAAAUGGGAAGGGGUCAAAGUGACACCUUCUCAUAGCAAAGCUAAGGAAUAAUAACCGUUAGGUAGGCAUUAAUAGUAGUAUUUUAUCAAGCAACAACUCUGAUGACCCUAGAUUUCAGGCUUUUUUUUUUUUUUUUUUUUUUAAACAGAUAGCUGAGAACCCUGCACAAAUAUCUGCUAUCUGUAUUAUGUGAGUGUGUCUUUGGGCCCAUCAAUAGCAGUGUUUUUGAACAACUUCUAACAAAAAAGUAUUUAUUUAUUCUAUUGACUGUACAUUACUGUGUGUCCUUGUAUACUGAAUUCAGUGAGUGUGAAUCUUUAUGCAAAUGGAGAUAUAUCUUUUCAAUGUUGCAAACAUAUCUUGUAAAUGUUUACUGGGAAAUUGUGUCUAUAUAUACAGUAUAGAGAAAAAAUGUGAUUUAAGUGGGAUAUUUUUUUUGAGGAAAAAAAAGGAAUCUUUACUUCUAAGAAUUGUGUGGUUCUCUAUAGCACCUACUCAAUGAUGUGCCAAUCUGUCACUUUCCUUGUACUGUGAGAAUUGCUCAGUUUACAUCAACAGAAAGCUCAGUGCACAUUAAGAAACCAUUUAAUCUCAGCUUUGUUUGGUUUCGCUCUGAUUAAAAACUGUGGAACAGAAACAGAAAUGAUUAUUUUAUCCCUCAUCCUUCAAUGGAAUCACCACAGGUGGCUCUUUUCACCCCACUGAUUUCUGUGGGACUCUGCAUAGGCACUGGGGUCAGCCUGGGUAGAAGUGAUUGCUGGAUCAGGGCCUAGUGUGUUUUGUUGCAGCAAAUUACACUCCCCCAAGAAUGUAAUAUAUUAGUCUGUAGUUAAAGAAACUCUGUAUCCAUUUAGCUCAGAGAGUUUGAACGUUAAACGGAUCCCAGGCUAGUCUCCAGGAAAAUAAUGAAAAACUUAGAGGGAUACAGUCUCCUCUCACUUUGGGUACAUCUACACAGCAGGGCUAAAGUCAAAUUAAGCUACACAACUUC